AGCACUCUGUGUGUUCGUGGAGCUGGUGUGUGCAUUUGGCUGUGUGUAUGUGUAUGUGUGCGUGUGUGCGUGUGUGCGUGUCUGAAUGCGAACAAGUUGACAUUAUUUUUAAUUUUCCAAACAUCUUUGAAUUAAGCUCUGGAAGUAAGCCGGAGUUACGGUGAGUGAGCCAUCUUUCAGAGCCGUCCAAGGAAAAGAAAAAUACUUUCCACAACAACGAGAAUCUAAUGAACUCGAAAAUAACAAGUUUGCUACGUACAGCCUUUGAAAACAAGCCACAUGUACGCAGUUUAUCGAAUUUCGGUGUAUCAUUUUUUCGACACUAGCUAACUUGAAGCUAGAGUGUGCAGCUGCUGACGCUUUUGUUUUUUGGUGUUUGGCAGUUUGCAGUCAAGUGAUAGUCCCGUGUGCCUCUUCUUUUAAAUGUGUAAAGUCGCUCAUUUUAGCUAAUGAAGUUAUAGUGACCGUCACGUAAGAGACAGUAAUAAAAACGUAAUUGUGGGGGAUAAGCCAUAAACCACUCAGAAAAAAAAAAAAAAAAUGCUAAAGACGCUGACGAAGAAGCUAAGAAGACAUUCACUCAACGAGAUACAUCCUUUCCAACUGAAGAUUUCUUACCAUGGCAGUGGAGAGGGAGGGGAGAGUGAUGACUCUGAGGGGGAGAACCAGGAGCUUGCACAGAUUGACAGAGAGAGACGGAGAAAUUGUGCCCUCACCCCCUUGGCCACAAGCCAGCAGCACAACCAGGGUCCCCUCUCUCCAGCCCGGUUACGCCGCCUCCGCCUCCUUUUAGAUGCCAAUCUGGAUCGCCACUCUUCAGAGGAAGAGCUCGAGCGAAUCAGCUGCGGUGACAACAGGAAGUGGAUGUCAGCGCUUCCCCAGCGCCACAGCGAUCACCACAGCAGCGCCUCCAGCGACGAGGAGGUGCGGGACCUCUGUGGCUGUGGGUCACCGGCUGCCUCUGCCAGGCCGCUGGUUGAGCCGGGUGCUUGCCUGGCUGCCUCCCCCAGCCCUGUACUCUUCAGCUCCAGCCCACCACGUAGCCUCAAGCCACCCCCCAUGCGCUUUCAGCUGCAGGUGGUGCAGCCAGUGGUACGGCCCAUCAUUUUGACCCACUUCGACCAGUCAGCACCUUACAGAAAGUAUCGACACAGUUACAGCGGGGAGCCUGGGAGGCCCAGUCUGGACCUGGAGAAAAUGCAACAGAAAAUGCUGCUGAAAAAGAACUGCGGAGGGAAAACGCGGACCAUAAAGAUUCGUGUGAAAUCUGACAGGCAGUCGUCCUCCGCCCAGGUACACCUACGAUCCGUCCAUCUUCGCCUUCCGCUCCUUGAGCACAGUGCCCCCCUGCAGCCCCCUGACCCCGUCCGAGGAUCCUCCCUGCUCAUAAGGAAAUGAAUCCACCCCCAGAUAAUCCUCUCCCUCCUCUCUUCAUUCCAACGGCUGCUUUUUUUGUGGCUUCUGCAGCAAGACCAAGGAGUGAUUGUUAGGAAACUGACCGCUAGAAAGACGUUUGUUUGAUGGGCGAACUGUUGCACACUCAGGUAAUCCCACCCUGUAACGCUGUCACUUUGAUCAUUGUUCUCCACAUGAAAUCAACAGGAACAUUUUGAGAAUAAAAUGGCCUAAACACAACAUUUCUAAGGAUACUUCAGGUAUUGCAUAUGUAUAGCGCUCUCUGAAAAGAUCCUGUGAUUGGAGGAAGAACGAUCAAGAAACAAACAUGGACUGUGGACCAGAGGUGGUACAAAGGGACAAGGCCAACCAUUUUGAAGCCUGGAUUUAGUCCUGGGUUGGAUCAAUAUUCAAGGGAAAUAAUGCAUGUAAGACAAUCAAAUGGUUCCAAGGUUUGAUGUGAUUACUGGACAUCUUGCAAGGUUCUUGGUAACUAUAUAUACUAAACAUGACGAGGUGAGUCAUCAGAUAUCUUGUUAUUGUUGAGAUGAACAUAGACAGUGGUCAUAUUCGUCUGUCUGAAAAACUGCUUCUUUGGAUGUGUUAUUGAAAAUGCAGGUCAUGACGAGCUAUAACAAACAUGUAUGACAUGUAUGUAGUUGAAUAGUUGACCUUUGAUGAUGUAUGUUUCUUAAUGAAUUUGUCACUUUUAGUCCAGGCAGUCAGUUAAGUACCUGCAUCCUCUUUCCUUGCAUGAAUUCCACUGUUUUGCAGAAAGAGAGGAUUGUGAAAAUAAGGAAGUAUGAGAAUAGUUUGCUGCACAUUUGGCAAGUGUAAUUGGUGCUAUGUGACGCAUAGCCUACUUGUAGUGUGCCAUUUUUCCCCCCAAUAUUGUACCUCAUUACUUUCUAGGUAGAAGAGGACCACUGGUAUAUCUAAGACAUCCCAGUGUUUUUUUAAAGAUCUCUUAAUGCCUUGAAAUCACAUUCCUGUUGUAUUGAAUGAAACUUGAGGUAGUUCUCGGCUCCUGAGAUGAGCUAAUCAAUUCAUUAAACACAAUGUCACCACUGUAACUAAGAUUUCGCCGAAAGUGAAUGUAACAUUGUGACAUGUUUUCGUCCAUUGUUGCACAAAAUGAAUCAAUAAAUGCCCCGUGGCCUCUUG